AUGGCGAUCUGGAUCGACGAGUUCUUCUUUGCCGAGGGCGAAACCGUGCUGCUGCGUGAGGCGGUGGCGGCCUCAGGCGGUGCUGCCGUGGUAGCGGGCACUACCCACAACCGCAUCUUCCAGCUCAAGAGCUACCAGCAGCCUGACAGGAUGGACGUGAUGUGGACAGGGCAGCAGGGCUGCUAUGAGGCGUUCAAGCGCCGCCUGAACGCCAGCCACUCCGUCAGCUGCGUGCCUGGGGCGCAGGCAGUCACGGGCAAGGCGUCGCUUGUGGGCAGCCUGCAGGCGGCGUACGGCGAGGGGGCCUGGGGCAUCGUGCCACGCUCCUUCCGCCUGCCGCAGCAGUACUCUGACAUGGUGGCCCACCUGAAGCAGGAGCAGCGCAGCGGGCGGAGCGGGCUGUGGGUGCUGAAGGAGGACGUGCACCGCGGCAAGGGCGUGGGCGUGGCAACGCCCUCGCAGGCGCUGGCGCGCGCGCUGGAGCCCGCCCCCGGCGACCGCCGCGGCCUGCGCCACGUGCUGGCGCAGCGCUUCCUGGGUGACCAGUACCUGGUGGGCGGCAGACCCUUCUACAUCAGGGUGUGGGCGGUGGUGCUGGGGGCCGACCCCGCCCGCGCCUACCAGUUUGGUGGCGGCGUGGUGGUGUUUGGGCAGCAGCAGCGCGCCGGCCAGGCCGCCGACAGCCUGAUUGUCAACCUGUGGACGCAGGACCGGGCGGCGGCGGCCCCCUGGAGCCUGCAGCAGCUGGAGCAGCACCUGGAGGCGGAGACGGGAGGCAGCGAGACGCCCCAGCGCCUGCGCCGCCAGCUGCACGCGGCGGUGGCUGCCAGCCUGGCGGCGGCCCUGCCCACGGUGCGGCGCGCCGCGGACCAGCUGGCGGGCUUCCAGGGCGGCAGCUUUGAGGUGCUGGGGGUUGACUUCAUGGUGGAUGCCAGCCUCAGGCCCUGGCUGGUGGAGGUCAACCGCCUGCCCUCCAUGGCCCGCAAGGUGGUGGCCUGCGCCAGCAACGCCACCGCCGGCGGUGACGAUGGCGACGGCGGUGGGCGCUGCGAGCAGGAUGUGCCAUUUGAUGUGCAGAAGGAGCGGUUCAUUGGGGCGCUGCUGCAGCUGCUGAUGCACCGGCACAGCCAGCACGCCGGCUUGGCGCAGCAGGCGGAGCAGCUGCUGCAGGCGGCAUCAGAUGUGGCGCUGGAGGAAGAGCAGCCGCCCUGCUUGGACGCUGCGCAGCUGCAGCAGCUGCUGGCAAUGCAAGCAGAGCAGGCAGAGGCAGAGCGGCUUGGGUUUGUCCCGCUGACCACCCAGCUGUACCGCUCCCUGGAGUGCAUGGCGACCCAGCCCAGCAGCAGCAAUGGAAGCAACCCGUGUGAUCUGCGUCCCUCGGACGAGCGCCUGCUGGCAUGGAUGCAGCACGGCAGCCACGCGAUUGCCAGCCUGCAGGCUUUGCGAGACUUUUGCAAUGGUUCUCGUGGUGCGGCUGCCCAAUAG